CCCUUGCCCAUUCAAUUCAAACCCAUUCAAACCACCCACUUCCAGACCCAGCACCACUCCCAACCCUUUUCCCCCAGCCCCACCCUCUAUCCGCCAGGCCCAACUCUCUAUCCCCUAGCCCUCUCCCCUGGCCCACCACCAUCCACCUCCAGCCCCACGUCCAGCCCCAGUACCAUGCUGGGGAGGAACAUGUCCCAGAAGCUGAGCGUGCUGCUAAUCGUCAUGGGGCUGGCGUGGGGGCUCAUGUUGCUGCGCUACACCGUGCAGCAGCCGCGCCACCAGAGCAGUGGCGAGCUACGCCAACAGAUCCUGGAGCUGAGCCGGCACUAUGUCAAGGUGCUCAACGAGGAGAACCAGAACUCACCAGGAGGACCGCAGGGCCCCUCUAUGGCCGGUUAUGGUAAGGACUGUUUUAGAGUUGAGAAAAAUCCUGAAGCCACAAUUUUCUUUCGUUGUGGCGCUGGAAAUGAAAGGAAAUGCAAAUGUACUUACUCUCGUUCUCUUUCUCUCUCUCUCUCUCUCUCUCACUCACUCACUCACUCACUCACUCAUACACACAGCUGAUCUGAAGAGGACCAUAGCAGUGUUGCUGGACGACAUCCUGACACGCCUGGUCAAGCUGGAGGGGAAGAUGGAGCUGGUCGCCAACACUUCAGUCACUAACUCCUCCCAUCCUGCAGGGGGCUCCCUGGCCUCAGCUCCAGUUGCCUUACACAAGCAGGACAUGCCAGGCAACCACCGCCUGGACACACCUCGCCUCCCUCCACACACACCCAACAGACCUCGCCCAGGGGUAUAGUGGUGUGGGUAGUGAUUGAGGCCCUGUUCAAAUACAAGUGCAUCCUUUCUUCCUUAGGUAGUCACUGAUCUAAUAAGGAUGGUCGGGUGGCAACUUUCCUUUCACUUAUCCAUUCAUUUACAGAUCAGUGAUUAGCUCAUGGAAGGAAGAAAAGAGGGAAGGAUAUAUUCUAGAUAAUUUAAAACUAACCCUGAGAAAGGACUGACUGCCUGUUCGUUUCCAAUAAGUACAUGGCUGGUUUCAAUUUUUUUACGAAGACAGUUGAGCACCUUUUUUAAUACUUUCAGUCAUGGACUCUCUUAGGCAUAAAUUUUAGCUUCCCUUUUUAGUGGUUUUAUCAUGGAUGGGUCUACAAACUGCAGAUGUCUCUGAGGAUGUCUGUGGGCAGCAACAAAGCAUCAACAACAGUAGAGAAAAUGAACAAAUGUCUGUACUCUGUAGAGUCUUCAAGGAAGCUGAUGAUGAA